AUGUCUUACACCACCUCCCCGCGCAUCGCUAUAAUUGGCAACGCGCUCCAAGACGCGUUCAACGCCCACUCCAACGCCGAGGGCGAAAACUACCGCCUCGGCGGCGCCGACACCCACACACGCUUCCACAAGACGGGCUCGGGCCACAUGGGCAUCGAUAAUGCGCGCCCCGAGAUCGACCGCACCGUCCUCCGCCGGCUGCUCACCAAGUGGGGCCACGCGUUCGUUUCCGCCACGUCGCGCGGCGACGGCGCGCGUGCGUUCGCGUUCGCCAACGGGGCUGUCGUGGAGUGCGCCGUCGUCGGCGGCGCCUACUCGUUUCCCCCGUGCAGGCGGAGUAUGCGGCCCAUAGGCGUGAAUGGCGUCAAGAUCUCGCUUGCGCCCGCGCCCGCGGGCCGCGCCGACAUGGCGGAUAUGUGUGCGCUCGUUGAGCAGGAGAUGCUCAUGAACCUCGAGCGCGGAAGCGCGUUCGGGGCUCAAAGGAACGGCGACAGGCGCAUCCGCGCGUACGCGUGCUUUCGCGGCCCCGAGAAGUGGACGGUCCCCGCGACGCCUGACGACGUGCGCGCGGAGCUGCAAAAGCGGUCCAGCGACUACGCGCCGGUGCUGCUCAAGCUCGUUGACCACUGCGACGACGCGGCGAUCUACCAGCGGGCGUUUUACGCGCUGCUGAUAGGCCGCCGCUGGGCGCACGUCGAUGGGGUGACGACCCUAGGGGACGCAGCGCACCUUAUGCCGCCGUUCGCGGGUGCGGGCAGGGGCGUUGACGGCGAGGCGGCGAUAAUAGAGUGGGAGACGAGGAUGACGGCGUCGGCGGCGAAGUGGGCGCAGGCGACGAUGGACAACGCAGAGGCAUUCACCAACCCGAACGCACCGCAGAAAGCUCUGGAGCCACUCUAG